CACAUUCACACGCGCGGCGCCCUCGCACGGAGAGCUGCGCCGGGGUUAUGAGACCGUCACCGCGCAGGAGAGGCUGAGCAACGGAGAGGCUCACCAUGACCAAGUCGUACAGCGAGAGCGGGCUGAUGGGCGAGCCCCAGCCGCAGGGCCCCCCGAGCUGGACGGACGAGUGCCUCAGCUCCCAGGACGAGGAGCACGAGGCGGACAAGAAGGAGGAGGACCUGGAGGCUCUGCACGCCGAGGCCGAGGAGGACUCGCUGCGGAACGGAGAGGAGGAGGACGAGGAGGACGACUUGGACGAAGAGGAGGAGGAAGAGGAGGAGGAGGAAGACGACGACCAGAAGCCCAAGAGGCGGGGCCCCAAGAAGAAGAAGAUGACCAAGGCGCGCAUGGAGCGGUUCAAGCUGCGGCGCAUGAAGGCCAAUGCCCGGGAGCGCAACCGCAUGCACGGGCUGAACGCGGCCCUGGACAACCUGCGCAAGGUGGUGCCCUGCUACUCCAAGACGCAGAAGCUCUCCAAGAUCGAGACCCUGCGCCUGGCCAAGAACUACAUCUGGGCGCUCUCCGAGAUCCUCCGCUCGGGCAAGAGCCCGGACCUGGUGUCCUUCGUGCAGACCCUCUGCAAGGGCCUGUCGCAGCCCACCACCAACUUGGUGGCCGGCUGCCUGCAGCUCAACCCGCGGACUUUCCUCCCCGAGCAGAGCCAGGAGGUGCCGCCGCACGUGGCGGCGGCGGCGGGCGCGCCCUUCCCGGCGCAUCCCUACCCCUACCAGUCGCCGGGCUUGCCCAGCCCGCCCUACGGCACCAUGGACAGCUCCCACCUCUUCCACCUCAAGCCGCCGCACGCCUACGGCGCCGCGCUGGAGCCCUUCUUCGAGAGCGGGCUGGCGGAGGGCGCCAGCCCCGCCUUCGACGGGCCGCUCAGCCCGCCCCUCAGCGUGAACGGCAACUUCUCCUUCAAGCACGAGCCGGCCGCCGACUUCGACAAGAGCUACGCCUUCUCCAUGCACUACCCCGCCGCCGCCGCCGCGCUGGCCGCCGCGCCCGCCCACGCCGCCAUCUUCCCGCCCGCCGCCUCCCGCUGCGAGAUCCCGGUGGACGGGCUGGCGCCCUACGAGGGCCACCCGCACCACGAGCGCGUCCUCAGCGCCCAGCUCAACGCCAUCUUCCACGACUGAGGCUCCCCGCGCCGCAGGGAGGGCCGGGGAGCCGCGCCCCGCCGCCCGCACCGCCUUGUUUACAGGGGGCAG